AUGUUGGCCACGACCGCUUGCUUGAAGAAGACAUUCAAGCCAGCCAUUGGUGCAGGCCAGCAACCACUACCUUCAACAGUUGCGGGCCUCCGCGCAACUUUCGAGAAAGAUGCUCUUUCGGAAACCAACAGCGUUGUCUCGAAAGAGCAAUUCGUAGGAAAGCUCCUAGACGCAUCUCAUACCAAAAGCGCCGAGACCGAACAAGUUGCUGAAGAGAGGAAGAGAAGGAAGCUAGAAUGGGCCGUCAACAAAAACCUCGAGUAUCUCCAAGACCGCUGGAAGGUUGCGAAGCAUGUCGAAGCCACGCUCAAGAAGGACCGUUUCGAAGAGGCCCUCCUUCUUACGCAGCGUGCGAGCAAAAAUGAUCAGUGCGUGGUAGCCUGGAAUCAUCUGAUCGACCAUGUAUUGAACGUCCAAAAACGCCUGAACCUCGCCAUCAAGCUCUUCAACGACAUGAAGAAGCGAGGUCAGCUGCCAAACGAGCAGACCUACACCAUCAUCUUCCGCGGUUGCGUCGACGCUCUCGACCCACAGGCCGCUGUUACGAAAGCGGUUAAUCUCUACCACACGCUCUUGAAAGACGAGCGUGUCAAGGCAAAUGGAAUCCACCUGAAUGCCGUUCUUCAGGUGUGCGGCCGUGCGGGAGACAUCGACUCCCUCUUCUCCAUCGCGGGGACUGCCGACGCGAAAGCAGGCCGGAGAGCCGAUGCCCGAACGUACACAACCAUCAUCAACAGCCUCCGCUUCAAGGUCCAGCCGAAAUGGGAUGUUGAGACUCCCAAGCAGAAGCCGGCCGGAGAUGCUGCGAAGGAGAUUCAACAGGUGGUCGAUCAGUGCAAGGCCAUCUGGGAUGAGGUUGUCCGCGAGUGGCGCAACGGCAAGCUGAAGCUUGACGAGGACCUUGUCUGCGCCAUGGGUUGCGUUCUGCUGCUCGAAGACAGCAAUGGUAACACCGAGGUCUUCGCGCUGUUGGAGGAUGUGAUGGGUGUACCCAGCUCUGAUACUGUCGAAAGCAUCAAGAAAUCCCCGGACGAAACCAUGAAAAACAUUGCCGUGUCGGGUCACAAGUCCCCCAAGAAGGUUCCGGACUCGAAAAACGCUACAUACGUCGUGCCCGGCCAGAAGACUUUGUCUCUCAUCCUCACUGCUGCCCGGGAGCAUGGCGCGGGGAAACAAAACAAAAUCAGCUCCGCGUACUGGCGUCUCUUCACUGAGCAUUACGGUCUCAAACCCGACGCAGACAACUACAAUUCAUACAUGAAACAGCGCGAGCGCGCCGGAGCAAGUGCUGGGGCGAAGAAUCUACUAACGCAAAUGCCUGCGAAAUAUGUCACAUCACCCCUAAUUCACCGAGCGCUGCAGGCAUGUCUCCGUGAUAACAUGAACCCCGCCGUCUUCCAAACGGCCACCGACGUACUACACAAAAUGUUGCAGGGUAUGGAGGCCCUGAAGGAGGAAACCGGCCGAGGUCAACGAAUCGACCUCCUCGCGCUUCUCCUCUACCAUCGCGUGGCUCAGGCCGCGGAUCACAGCUUUCGCCAGAUGAUCAAGAAGGGGGACUCAGACGGCGGAAAUAGGGGCUAUGGCAAGCAACUCGCAACCGCCAUAAACGAGCUAUGGAGCCCGUUCCUCAACGCCAGGUCGGCCCUGAAGGUCAUGUCCAAGUCUAGGUCCAAGGCGAAACCCUCAACCGCCGAUUGGAUCAAACGCCACAAGGCUUUCGAAAAGAGUCUCCUUGAACUCGCUCGCAAUAUGAUUGCCACGGUUGACAGGAUCGAAAAGGGCAACAUGCUUGAUAAUGACCCGGAGUUGCUCGAGGAGAUCAAGCAGAAGCGGAAUACCAUUAACCGCUUCGUGGUCGAGCUGACCGACCCGCAACAACAAGUCUCUUGA